CCCUGCACCCUUCAACGGAAAAGCAAAAGGCAUGCACACCUGCAGCCCUGCUGAGGCCCCUGCAGGCCACACUCAAAGCGAGGGUGGAGGCAGUGUGUUCCUGCCUUCUCUCAGGGGCCCAGCCUUAGGGUGCUGGGCGGAGCCGGGCUAGGUGCUGCGCAGGAUGCUGGCCAGGAGGGGCUGCUCUGCAGUUCUGCUUGGGAAGGACAGAGACUGACAUGGAGCAGGGGAAGGGCCUGGCAGGCCUUAUCCUGAUGGUCAUUCUUCUCCACGGUACCAAGGCCCAGAAACAAGAGAUCGAUAUAAAAGUGGAUGACAAAGGAGAUGGUUCUGUACAUCUGAUUUGUAACUUGAAAGGCAAAAAUUUUGAAUGGUUUAAAGAUGGGAAUAUGAUAAACUCCACAAAUUCAAAUAAAAACACAUGGAAUCUGGGAAGUAGUACCAAGGACCCUCGAGGGAGAUAUCACUGUCAAGCUACAGGGAAAACUUCAAAGCAACUCCAAGUAUAUUACAGAAUGUGUCAGAACUGCAUUGAGCUGAGCCCAGCCACCAUAUCCGGCUUUGUCUUUGUUGAAAUCAUCAGCACUUUCUUCCUUGCCGUUGGGGCCUACUUCAUUGCUGGACAGGAUAGAGUUCGCCACUCCAGAGCUUCAGACAAGCAGACUCUGCUGCCCAGUGACCAGCUCUAUCAGCCCCUCAAGGAUCGGGAAGAUGACCAGUACAGUCACCUUCAAGGAAACCAACUGAGGAAGUGAGCCCAGCAGUCAGAGCAGGUGUUCUCCCUUUUCUCCAGUUCUCAGAAUUAAAACACCGUAUUUGGAGAGCUCCCAGCAGAGAGCGUUUUCAGCCCUGAGCUUCCCUCAGUUUCACAGAGGUGACAAAUGGUGAAGGCAAUCAAAACAAAGUUUAGUUUUUUUUCUCAAAAUAAAAUAGAAGUCAGCGCCGAGGGCGUUGCUUAGCGACAGAGCACUUGCCUAGCCUGUGUGACACCCUGGGUUCCAGCCUCAGCCAGCGGGAGGCAGUGUGGUAUUUCAGGAACGCCACCUACUGGGGGAGAUUGUCCAAAAAAUAAAAUAAAAUAAAAAGCACAAGUAACCCA